AUGGUUAGGCGUGGGAAACUCGGAAUGGAGCUACGUCCAGAUCCUGUCGACCAAAUUCCAAAUACAGACUCCACCGCUGCAGUACCAUCUGGGUAUUAUGUCAAUCCAGAACCACUACAGGACCCUGGAAUUCCACUGGAAGAAAUGCCUUGUUUAAAAAGUUCAGAGUCAAGCGAUACAAAAAAAAUGGAAGCAGAAUAUUCUAACGCAAACUUCCAGUUGGAUCCGGAAUCUGAGAAAAACCAGCUUGGGGUACCCUUUGAUAUGCCGACUACAGAGCUGUUGGCUUCUUACGGAAUGCCUGAAGCUCAGGAGGAUCUUCAUCCAUUUAUCAAGUUUGGUUCAUAUUGUGUCUCAAAUGCCAAGGCUUAUCACACACUCAACGUGACCGCUGAGAAGGGUGAUAUAGCUGUCGCUAUAAUUUCAGAGACGGCAUUCUCAUUAGCACAUAUACCAAGCAAACGAGCUACCUAUGAGACUAAAUCUAUAUUCGAAGAGUUUAAAGCUGCAUUCAAGGAACCGAAUUCCUCACAGAUGAGGGCAUAUGUCGUCAGUGUAGUUGACAAAGGCCGCCAGAUAUUCAACAUGCGAAUUGUAGCGGUAGUCGCUCACUCCCUACUUAAAUGCGGCAUUGAAGAGCGCAAUCUACACACUAUAUUUGGUGCUAGCAAACGUCCUGUCGAUGACAAAGAUCUUUGGGUUAAGGUUUUUUCUCCUCUAGCUCCAGCGGUUUCCCCUUCGGAGAAAGAGGCGAAAAUCAAAGUAGAUUUAGCAAUUGCUGACAGUCUUGGUGGUAAUUUAUAUGGGCUAUGGCAUAAACCUGGUCCUCAUCGUAGUGUGAAGAAGUUGAUGGAGUAUAUAGGUUGUAUAGAUCAGGACGAGUGGAAAUGGCUGGAGAUGAUGAGAGUGAAGGAGCGGCUUAAAGAAAUAGAGGGGCAUGAGAAAGAGGUGGUAGAGGAAAAUCAACUGAAUGGGGGGAGAGAGCAAAAGCGAACGACCAAUAAGCAUAAGCAGAGACACCCAAACAGAAAUUAUCAGCUGGCACAGGAAAGUGGGGAGGAAACUCAACAAGCACAGGAGAAUAUGGCGACUCCCAAGUGGCAAGGAACAAAGGGGAGGGAGAGGGAACGAGGGGGAGCAGAGAGGAGACACAGGAGACAUGUUUAA